UACCUUAUAAUCCAGCACUUCAUUUAGCCUUUGACCUGAGCUUUCAAAGCAUAAUAUUAGAGGGAGAUUGCUUAAGUGUAAUCAAGAAACUCAAAACUAUUACCUUGGUAGAAGAUGGAUUGAUGCAAGACUAUGGCCAAUACUGAAGAAGAACCUCGUAUUCAACCUUGGAAUACGAACAGGUGACUCAAACUUGGAGUAUUUUUGCAGAUCUUCAACACUUCAAACAGCUGCAUGUUGAAACUAUCGGUGUUCUUACAAGUUUCCUAAAGCCUUCACGUUGGAUCGAUGGAUUUUUACACUAAUUGUUGUUGGGUUUCAUUUUCUGGUUCUUGAAAGUUUUUUGGGAGUUUUUUUUUUUUUUCAUUUCUUUGUAUAGGAAGUGCAGAACCUUUAUAUUUUACCUUGGUUUUUGUAUUCUCCAAUGAUUUCAUUUCUUAACAAAAUCCAUCUAUAUUCCAAUAAAAAAAAUUAACAUUUCUUUCCUUUUUCCUUACGGAAGAUAAGAAUUAGCCAUGGGAUAUCAAGCUUGGGGAAGAAACAAGUACAAUUUCCUUUUCUUUUUCCUCUUACCAUCUGAUGUUUUGACCAAUGGCAUCUGGCCAGGUCCUAUUUCUCAUUGUAAAAAUUGUUUGGAAAACAGUACUUUUUAGACCAUUUUUAAAAAUAGUUUGAGAUAUUUUUCUUCAUUUAGCAAAAAGGCAAAACUUGGCAGGCCAAGGUUCUACAUAUAUAGCAAGUAGUCACCAAACAAGUGUGGUUUUCAGCUUCUAGCUUAGAAUUUUGAUGGCCUGUUUCUUGCAAAUCUAAUCACUUCAAUUUCUUCUCCCUUUCAUCAUCAUAUAUAUCAGGUCUGAUUCAAAACCAGAAGAAUAUCCAUGGCCACGAAUCAAGGUUUUGAAGAAGAUUAUCUAUCUGGGUUUUCAUGGCCGCCAAGAUCUUACACUUGCAGUUUCUGCGAGAGAGGAUUUAGAUCAGCUCAAGCUCUGGGUGGUCACAUGAAUGUUCACAGGAGAGAUAAAGCCAGGCUAAGACAAUUACCUCCUCCAAUGGAUCAUCAUGGUCAGUCACCAUUUCUGAACCUUAACCUUAACCUUAACUUUAACCCUAACCCUAAUUUCUCUUCUUCAUCCUUGGUUUCUUCUCCAUUACCUUGUGAAAUGAAGAAACGGUUAGUUAAUGAAACCGUCGUAGAUAGCACGGAUUCAACGAGCAUGAAGGGUGCAAAACCAUUGUUUGGAGUCAAAGAAUUCAAAGAUUAUGGGUGUAAUAAUAAGUUCAUGAAGAAGAAAAAAAAGAAUGUGAGUUUGGACUUGGGUUUAGACUUAGAGAUGGGUGUGGGUAGUGAUUCCAAGGAAGAUUUGGAUUUGGAACUUCGAUUGGGAUACACUUAAUUACAUUAAAAAUUCAAUGCUUGAAGGUUUAUUAAUUUUGUAUGAAUAUUGCCAUUUCCUUUUUCAUUUCAUUACCCUUUAAUCCUUAUUAUGUGCUAAAAGAGUGCUUUUGGUGUGUAUCAAACUUAUACGUUACUUUCUUUUCA